AUGACUCGAGAUAUCCGCUGUCCCGAGGAGGGACCUCAGCACGAGACCAGCCUCGAUGCUGAUCUCCUAGCUGCCCUAUGGGAAGACGCGCCGUUUGCGCGUCUGCCCCCCGAUGCGCCGCCCGAACUGAAGGACAUGGUCCAGACCAUCGAGAACCCGAAGCGUGUCUAUGCCAUCCACCGCGCCAGUCGCCGUCACAACUUCCAGAUCCUUGUCGAGAUAUACAUCCUUCAGCUACGAUACGGAUGCGACUCCAAGGCCUGUACGACCCCGACCUGCUUCUCCUGUCGCAAGCGCCUCGCCGGCAAGGCGCCAAUACGAAGAUACAACACCACGAGUGCAAGGACAUUGGCCGUCUACCUUGCUAGCCAGGACAACCCCGAGACGGGACUCUGCCCCUACCUCAAGCCCCCGAAAGAAACCCCGGCCGCCCUGAACUCGCUCAUAUUGUCGCCGAAAUCCGCCGCGCCCGCCUUCAAUGACCCCUUUCCGAAGCGUUCCGCUACACCAAAGGGUCCAAGGCGCCGGAAAUCAGUCACGUCUGCCAGGCUAAAUGGCGAAGACGGCGGUUCUCAAAAAGCCACCCCGGGUGCUGAAGAAACGGGACGCCGGCCACCCUCUCUCUCCAAGGAGCGGUCGCAUUUCGAUUCGACGACGGGCGCCGCAAAAGUCGCUUUCAAAGUAGCCGAGCGGCCCAUCAGCAAAGACUAUCGCUCGUUCGCCGCCAAUGUCUUCGGGACUGUCGCCUUCAAGAUGCUGGAAUGGCUCACUCCAGCUGGCCUGGAUGCUAUGUCUGAAAAGGUUGCUGCACUAGAGGCUGAUGCGACGCAUAGUCCCUCGAGGGAGGAAACUCAAAGAUCACAGAAGCCAUCAGGCCAGUCAACGCCUACACAGUCAAUGCCCUCAGUCAUUUACGCCGACAAAACCUCGAGCGAUGUGGCCCAGCUAACAACGGACCAUGGGCCGGAUACUGUUCUCGACCAGGCUUCUCAAAAACUACAUAGUUCAACCUCGGCGUUGUCUAACUCACGGCCCAGCAAGCCUAAAAGGAGCUCAAGCGCUAGAGUAAGGGCCAAUUCGAAACCCACAAGAAAGCUUUCUAUCGAGCCAUACCCAACCUCGUCGUUAUCCGAGGACGUCACCUCAGGGCUGGCUUCUCCCAGGACGUCGCAUGAAAAACCAUUGAGGCCGUCGAAACCGUCCCACGUUAACCCUUACGCCAUUCCAGAAAUACCAUCUACACCCUCUUUUUUUGACAGUGUCCCGCCGCAAAAUCAUUCUGUAACUAUCGUCCAAGAGCCAGAGUCACCGCUCACGACAAGCUUUCGCAACGCUAGACCGCCAGCAGAGUCUUCCAAUCCACGAGAAGUGGCAAUGCAGACCCGGACUCACCAUGCACAGUCGAGCCAUUCAAUCGAUGAUACCAAGCACAGCGAGCAAAGCGAGGAGCCGGUUGACGUGCCAAUCGCCGACAACAUGCUUCCGCAAUCAUUGACAUACCUCAACGUCGAAGUGGUUGAUCUUUUGUGUGACAUUCUCCAAGACGAUGGUACCUCAGAAUCCCAUCUUUUCGACCCCCCAAAAAUCACCAGCACGUACUCCGGGCUCAAGGGCCGGGCUCCCAAAAUGCAGAGAAAGCGCAACCCUCGGAGUACCUAUCCCAAGCGACUCCGACGACAGUGGAAGCUGUUCAUCGAGCAAAGCCUUUUCAACAUCCUGAGCGAUCCUGCUGCCCUGGUCUCAUCCUUCGUCAAGGACGAUGAGCUGCUUGAUUCCCACACAAUCUGGUAUUGCAUGCUGAGGCUUACACGAGUAGCUCCUAGUCUGGUUUUCCACAGCUUGUGGAUGGCUGCCGGGAGCCUCUUUGGAGCACCCAAGUCACUCCAGUCUCUGCGGUCCCCCACUACCAAAGUCUUUCGCCGGACUGAAUGGUCUCUUGCUAAUCUUGAGGCUGGUCAUUUAUUGUCAAUAUGCCUUCACGCACUGGUGGCAGCGGCACCGUUGAUAACAGACUCUAGAAUACUAUUUGAUAUGUCACGGGUCCGCUCAAAUGGUUUGACUUUGGCAGGAAGCGGUGCUCUAGCGCGACAACCGGCCUGGUUAUGCCUUCUCUACGAUGACGCCUUUUCAAAUGAAUUGGCACUCAGACUUGCGAGGCGUCUUUUUGCUGCCAUCUCUGCACGGAAGUGUUUUGCAGAUAUGGCCACGCAAGACGAUGGCGUUGAGGAUGAAGGGUCAGAUGCCCUUUUGCCUCUCUUGUCUCAACUAGACCUGCUUAAUUCGUACUCGUCUUCAAAUCCCGAACUGGUACACCUCGAGAGGGCUGGUCAUGAAUCAAGGGUAUCGACUCUGCUUUUGGACUGGGCCAAGACAGUUAUGCUUCAGGAGUGGGAUGGUCAGCCUGAAAUAUUGUGCGAUGGCUCCUUCGGUGGAGCUUUGUCAUUGAUUGCUGCCAUGUACGAGAAACGUCAGGACCUGCUUCUAGGAGACGUCCAAUUCCGCGUGGAUUACUUUGCAGAGAGGCUAGACUCGAUUAACAUGCCUGUCGCCUGGCUUGCCCACAUUUCAUCCAAGCAGAAGAAGCAUCUGCUCGACUACCCCUUCAUUUUUGAUCCAUCUACCCUAGUUUCUUACUUUCGAUCUAUCAACUUCUCGAAGAUGAGCCGAAGCUACGAGGAAUCCAGCUCGCUCCAAACACGGAUGAAAGCGAUUGUUGCCCCCGGAGGUCUUAUUACCAACCCUCAUCACAAGCUCGUUCUGCAAGAUCUUUUGAAGACGGCAUCUUCAAAGUACUUGAUCCUCGAAAUCAGUCGCAAGAACGUUAUCAGGGAUGCCUUUGAUCAGCUUUGGCGGCGGGAGGACCGAGAACUACAUCGACCAUUGAAGAUUCACCUGGGCGAAGAUGCCGGAGAAGAAGGUUUCGACUCGGGUGGAGUUCAACAGGAGUUUUUUCGACUUGCUGUCGCCGAGUGCCUCAACCCAGACUAUGGCGCCUUUACAGUGGACGACCGAACUCGUAUGGCUUGGUUUGUUCCUGGGUCCAUCGUGCCGUCGUGGAAGUUUGAGAUUCUUGGUCUCCUGGUCUCGCUGGCUGUCUACAAUGGCCUAACGUUGCCCAUCACUUUCCCGAGAGCACUCUACCGCAAACUGUUGGGCGAGCCUGUAGACGAGCUGCACCACAUCGCCGACGGGUGGCCAGACCUCGCUAUGGGCUUGACUACGCUUCUCGAAUGGGACGAGAGGCAGGGGCUGGUAGAGGACGUUUUUGCUCGCACAUACGAAUUCUCGGUUUCAAUGUUCGGCCAGCCGAUUUCUCGUGAAAUGAACGACCAGACGCGCAGCUGGCCGCAAUUCGAAGUCGCGGCAGGAAAGUCACUGGCGGACGAGAAUCCCAAGGAUGCUCCGCUCGUAACCAACGAGAACAGGAACGCAUAUGUGAGUGAUUACAUCAAGUACCUCACAGACGUUUCCGUUCGCCCGCAAUACGAAGCGUUCGAGCGCGGUUUCCGGGCGUGUCUGCAUCACAAGGCACUCCAGCUUCUGACACCUCCGCUCCUCCAAUCGCUCGUUGAGGGUGUGCAAGAGAUCGACAUAUCGGAGCUACGCAGAUACACAAGGUAUGUCGGAUGGGAUGCCAGCCACCGCGGUGUGCGAGACUUCUGGUCAAUAGUCAAGCGCUACGACGAAAAGAUGAAGAGACGACUCCUGGAGUUCGUGACGGCCUCGGACCGUGUGCCUGUUGGGGGCAUGAAGAACCUGCAGUUCGUCGUACAAAGGAACGGCGAAGAGGAAGGCGAGCGCGGGCAUCUGCCCACUGCAUACACAUGUUACGGCACGCUUUUGCUGCCCGAGUACAAGGACAAGGACGUUCUGAGAGAGAGGCUUGCCAUGGCCUUGGAAAAUGCGCAGGGUUUUGGGUUUGCUUGA